AUCGGCUGCCUCCCGCAGAGAAAGGGAGUGACGGGAGUCAUCUAAUGGAUUGUCUAUAUAAGUUCCAUUCUCUAGCAUUCAUCACUCAGACAGUACUCUUCUGAUCACCCACUUCAUUACUUCUCAAGGCCAACCAACCACACCACAUUUUAGCUUCAUUACUAUACUACACCUAAACCUGUCAUCAAUAGCCUCCUCGAGAAUUCUUUUAACAUCAAAGACAAUGAGCGGACCUAUCGCCGAGAUUCUGGAGGUAGCGGGCAAAGAGGCUGAGGCCGAGGGUGUUCUACUCGGCAAGGGGGCAGCCGAAGGUGUCGAGAUAGCCGGGGAAAGUGUCAUGAGUGAAGCCAAACUGAUGGAGGAGGUUGAGCAACUCGCCAUCAAAGAGGCCCCCGAGUCCCUGGUUAAGAAUACAGAAGUCGAAAUUUCUGCAUCCCUUAAAGAGGGUAGUGAGAUGGUCAUGGCCGAGGCCAAAGCUGGCGGCACACUCAAAACGCUGGCGGACAAGCUCAAGUCCGUUUCCAAGUACAUGUGGGACAACAAGGGCGCGUUCGCCAAGAUGAUGGGCGCCGAAGUAGCCAAGGGCGCCUUCUUCACGCUCGGCAUGAUUGCAGUGGAAAAGAUCUUCGCUGCGAAGCAGCAGAAGAACCCGACGCCCGAGGGCCAGCACCGCCUGGACAUUGUUCGUGCCAUCAACAAGGAGCGCCUCACCUCCAACCCCAUCAUCAAGCAAUGGCGAACUUGGCUAGCGGACCAUUUCGAGGAUCGCGCGACCUUCGGCGCCAUUAGCGUCGAGGGCACGGAAAUUCAGAGGUUCCAGAUUCUUCAGAACAGGAUCUCGGAGGCCCAGCAUUUCUCGGACGAUACGGUUGUCAAGGCUACAGAGGCGCUGAAGGCGGCGCCCGGCAAUGACAGUGCAAAGGAGCUCUUGACCAAGGAAAUCGAGUGGAUGGGGAAGCUCAAGGCCAUCAGUGAUGAAAUCAAGACCAAGGAGUCUUUAAUGGUUGCAGCUGGCCUGAAGGACCGCGGCGAUGACUUGGACAAGGCCAAGAAGCUCCUAGAGGAUCAGAAUAAGUAAGGUUAUCUAGGAACCGGGCGGGGGACUUGUUGUUGAGACGGCUGUAGUGACGUUUCGAGAGAAUAACUAGGAUAUGGUGAUAGUAGAGGAGUAAGAGGAAAACGACUUAGACGAUGGGGCACACAUGUGCCAGUUGUUGAAUUCGGUUGUGUUUAGCCCGGUCAGCUUGCAAAGAUAAAUAAGAAGAUCUAGUAUAAAGUCGGGGUUGGAUUAGUAAAAUAUAAU